UAUCCGGCUUCUCUGGCGGCGUUCGAUUCGCGUCGGGCGCGGAUCGAAGGGAGAGAACGCGCGCUAGGAAGUCCUCUGCUGGGUCGGAGCAGGGUCUCCUCAUGGCUGGAAGAGGUGGAAGAGGAAGGGGCCGGGGGGCCCACAUGACCUUCAAUGUUGAGGCGGUGGGCAUCGGGAAGGGGGAGGCGUUGCCCCCUCCCACCCUGAAGCCAUCACCCCUCUUCCCUCCGCUGGAAUAUAAGCCGCUUCCGUUGCUGGCCGGAGAGGAGGUGGAAUACAUGCUGGCUCUGAAGCAGGAGCUGAGGGGGGCCAUGAAGAAUCUGCCGUAUUUCAUCAAACCUUCGGCCCCCAAAAAAGAUAUCGAGCGCUAUUCCGACAAAUAUCAGAUGGCGGGUCCGGCGGACAACGCCAUGGAGUGGAACCCAGAUUGGAAGCAGCUACCUCCAGAACUAAAAAUUCGCGUGAAGAAGACUCGAAAACAAAGGCAGGUGGUUCCAGUUCCCAAACAGAAACCCAAAGUGCCCGCAGACAAGGAGGAAGCCAUUAAGAAGCUGGAGACGCUGGAGAAGAAAGAGGAAGAAGUGACAUCGGAAGAGGAAGAGGAGAAGGAAGAGGGCGAAGAAGGCAAGGAGGAAGAGGAGGAAGAAUAUGAUGAAGAAGAGUUUGAAGAGGAGACGGACUACAUCAUGUCCUAUUUUGACAACGGAGAAGAUUUUGGGGGUGACAGCGAUGAUAAUAUGGACGAAGCCAUCUAUUGAGGUCGUCAGUGGGCUGGCCGGUUGCAGAGGCCGCCUGGCGAAGUUUCUGGCGAUCUCAUCCUUGAGGGGUCUCGAAAGGGGUGUCCAGUCUCUAGAUCAGGGGUCUCCAACCUUGGCAACUUUAAGACCUGUGGACUUCAACUCCCAGAAUCCCUCAGCCAGCAAAGCAGGGGUCUCCAACCUUGGCAACUUUAAGACUUGUGGACUUCAACUCCCAGAAUC